AGUAGGGGCGGCAUCUGGUGUACGCGAUAAGGUUACGAUGGUAUGUUAUUAAGGUAGGAAAGAUUGAAGAAAUUACGUGACGAAUGAGUUCUCACGAAGAUAAAACGAUAAUUCGGGGGUUGCACAGAGGGUUGGUUAUCGAGAUAGAUUAUCAUGUCUCGAGACUACGCUACGAGAAUUGUACAAACCCAACCCAGAAUGUAUCAAUCCAUUUCACAACCGCCAUCGGUACACGGAAGUCCAGUUUCAGCCUUUAGAGUGAUUCCAUCUCCAUCCCAGCAAGCUCUAAGCCGCCACGGAAGAAUAUUCGGCAUAAGCAGAUCGAGCAACAGUAGUCCAUUAACUGUAUCACCGGAGGUUGUUUAUUUCGAUCCCAAUUUUGCAAACCUGGAUUCUCAAUCCUAUGAGAUGGAAGGGAGGAGCACUUCCCAUAGAAGUCGAUCAGCAACGAGAGUCUCCGGUAGAAAUUAUCAUUCGUUAGAAAGAGAGCCAAUGUCUGCUAGAGAGAGAUCCUUGGAUCGUAUGGAAGCUAAUGCCAGGCACGCAAGAGUACGAGACAGAUCACUCGAUCGUGCAUUUUAUAGAAGCCGAGAAGAUCAGGAUAUUUACGUUAAUCACGAAAUGAUGCCCAACAGUGAUCCUUCUUAUCGUGGUUCCUAUCCUCCGGAUUCGUCUAGGCAGGGUUUCAGUCGAGAUAGUUUUAUAUUAGAACUUCAAACUAGAUUGAAUGAACUACAAAAUCAAUACGGUAAUGUGAAAAGAGAAUUGGAUUCUACUAAUCAAAAACUCGGUUCAAGUAUGCAUAGCAUCAAAACUUUUUGGAGUCCAGAAUUGAAGAAAGAAAGGGCUUUAAGAAAAGAAGAGGCUGCUAAGCAUACAUUGAUUAAUGAUCAGAUGAAAAUGCUAAGAACUGAGAAUCAGAAACAAGCUGCACUAAUUCAACAGUUGGAAGAGGAACUUCGAAUGGCUCAUAUGCGUAAUCCUGAUGUUGAUGUACAACAACAUUUAGAAGCUCUUUACACAGAAAAAGAACAUAUGACAAAAGAAAUUUUUCUUCUCAGGGAAACAAUAAAGGUAACAAUAAUAAAUAAACAAAAUUGUCAUAAUAAGGCCAAACAACCACUGGAUUACAUUGGGCUACUUUUAUAUUUAAUUAAUUACUAAAUAAUUUGGUGGUUGUUUGGCUUUACAAAUUUAUUGAGUUUUGUGGUUUUUAUGUAUUGUUAUAAUAAUCAUUAAAAAUGCAAAAUAUCUGAAUAUGCUACUGUAUUUGACUUUUAUUGAUAUACAUUUCAUCUAUAAUUAGUAUAUACAUAUUAUCUGAGAACCACAUAUAAUAAGUUAAAUGCUGCUAUAUAGUAGUAAUACAAUUAAAAUGCA